ACGUUGAACUACACAUUUACAGCACACUUGGUUAUGAGGGAGAGAAAAAAAAAAAAAUCUCAAACACAGGAAAUACCUAUUCUGUUCAUCUCUAAAUAACAGCUCCAGGUCCACUCCUGCUUUCUUUUUGUUUCAUGUUUUGUUCAUAGAAAGAAAGUCAUUGCUUCAAGACAUAAGAAAAGAAAUAGAUAAGAAAAGAGACGGUUGUUUAGAUGGUGGAUUAUUUCACUCCUGCUGUAACUGCACUGGAUGUAACUCGCAACGCUUCUGACAAGAACAGGAGAAAUAGAGGUUUCGUAUUUAAAGAUCCAGCAUGCUGUUGUUAAGGCUGUGAAACACACUGCAUCUGAGAACUCAGACCAGACUCACUGUGGCCUAUGAGCCAGUGAGAACAAGGCUUCAAAAGGAUGCUGGUGCCAAGCUGUCGGAUGAUGCACAUAGCCAGGCCACUGGUGGUACUCCUGUGCUUUCUUCUCUUAGCAAAUGGUGAAACACCACCAAAGUUUACACGAACUCCAGAUGAUCAAACGGGAGUGUCAGGAGGGGUAGCAUCAUUCGUUUGCCAAGCCACGGGAGACCCAAGGCCUAAGAUUGUGUGGAAUAAGAAGGGGAAGAAAGUCAGCAACCAGAGAUUUGAGGUGAUAGAGUUUGACGAUGGAUCUGGGUCUGUGCUAAGAAUUCAGCCCCUGCGUACCCCCCGAGAUGAGGCUAUAUAUGAAUGUGUUGCCUCCAACAGUGUUGGAGAGAUAAGUUCCUCCACCAGACUCACUGUAUUACGUGAGGACCAGCUCCCUUCUGGUUUUCCCACCAUAGAUAUGGGCCCACAAUUGAAAGUGGUAGAGCGCACGCGCACCGCCACCAUGUUAUGUGCUGCCAGCGGAAACCCUGAUCCAGAAAUUACCUGGUUCAAAGACUUCUUACCCGUUGACACGACUAACAAUAAUGGCCGCAUCAAACAAUUACGAUCAGAAUCCUUUGGUGGUACACCAAUAAGAGGUGCCCUCCAAAUUGAGCAGAGCGAAGAGUCUGACCAGGGAAAAUAUGAAUGUGUUGCAACCAACGGUGCUGGUACACGAUACUCUGCCCCUGCCAAUCUAUAUGUCAGAGAGCUGCGAGAAGUACGGCGUGUCCCUCCAAGGUUCUCUAUCCCUCCAACAAACCACGAGAUCAUGCCAGGAGGCAGUGUAAAUAUCACGUGUGUGGCCGUAGGCUCCCCCAUGCCCUACGUGAAGUGGAUGUUAGGGGCUGAAGACUUGACUCCUGAAGACGAUAUGCCCAUUGGGAGAAAUGUACUAGAACUUACAGACGUGAGGCAAUCAGCCAACUAUACGUGCGUGGCCAUGUCAACUCUUGGUGUCAUAGAGGCUGUUUCACAAAUUAUUGUGAAAGCUUUGCCAAAGCCUCCUGGAACCCCAGUGGUGACCGAAAGCACAGCCACAAGCAUUACACUGACAUGGGACUCUGGGAAUCCGGAGCCUGUUUCUUAUUAUAUCAUCCAGCAUAGAUCAAAGUCUGAAGAGACAUACAAGGAGAUAGACGGGGUGGCCACCACACGGUACAGCGUGGGAGGCCUCAGUCCGUACUCUGAAUACGAGUUCAGGGUGGUGGCAGUGAACAAUAUAGGAAGGGGCCCACCGAGUGAGCCAGUGGAAACUAGGACUGCUGAACAGGCCCCCAGCACCGCGCCUCGCCAAGUAAUGGCACGAAUGCUCAGUUCUACCACCAUCCUGGUCCAGUGGGAGGAGCCAGAAGAGGCAAAUGGACAGAUCCAAGGCUACCGAGUUUAUUACACCAUGGAACCCAGCCAGCACGUCAACAACUGGCAGAAACACAACGUGGGUGACACUCACAUUACAACCAUCAGUGGCCUCACUCCACAGAAAACCUACCAUGUUAAAGUGCUUGCGUUUACAUCUGUUGGAGAUGGGCCCCUCUCCAGUGACAUCCAGGUUAUAACUAAGACAGGAGUUCCAGCUCAGCCAACUAACUUCAAAGCCGAGGCAAAGUCUGAAACCAGCAUACUGUUAUCAUGGGUGCCUCCAAAAGGAGACUCAAUCAUUGGUUAUGAGCUUGUUUACAAAAAAGGGGAACAAGGAGAAGAGCAACAUGUCACUUUUGAGCCCGACACGUCCUACCUGUUGCAGGGACUGAAACCCUUUACAAACUACUUCUUCCGCCUGGCUGCCCGCUCCUCGUAUGGCCAGGGUGCUGCCACUACUGAGAUAUCAGCUGAAACCCCACAGACACAGCCCUUGGCUCCUCCACAAGACAUCAAGUGCACUAGCCCCAGCUCCACCAGCAUUCUGGUAAGUUGGCUGCCACCGCCAGUGGAACUACAGAAUGGAAUCAUUACCAAGUACUCUAUCCAGUAUGUCGCCAUCGAAGGAGAGGACACAAACCCUCAUCAAAUCUCAGACCUCUCCCCUGAAACCUCCCAGUACCUCUUGGAAGAGUUGGAAAAAUGGACAGAGUAUCGAGUGACAGUGAGCGCUCACACAGAGGUUGGACCGGGCCCUGAAAGCUUGCCCCAGCUCAUCCGCACCGACGAAGAUGUUCCCAGUGGUCCCCCUCGUAAAGUCGAGGUGGAGGCUGUCAACUCCACAUCAAUUAAAGUCACUUGGCGUUCGCCAGUCCCCAACAAGCAGCAUGGGCAAAUCCGAGGAUACCAGGUGCAUUAUGUGAAGAUGGACAAUGGAGAGCCAAGAGGACAGCCUAUGAUUAAGGACAUCAUGCUUGCUGAUGCACAGUGGGAAUAUGAUGAUUCUACUGAACAUGUGAUGGUCAUUUCUGGUCUCCAGCCUGAAACGACAUACUCUGUCACUGUGACAGCUUACACAACUAAAGGAGAUGGAGCUCGCAGCAAGCCUAAGAUGGUGUCAACAACUGGUGCAGUUCCAGGAAGGCCCAGACUCCUUGUUAGCCCCACCCAGAUGGGGACAGCUCUAAUUCAGUGGCACCCACCAGUAGAGACCUUCGGGCCUGUGCAAGGUUACCGUCUCCGAUAUGGCCGCAAGGACACAGACCUCCUAACCAUACUAGAAUUUUCUGAAAAGGAAGACCACUUCACCGCCACAGACAUCCACAAAGGGGCCUCCUAUGUCUUCUGUCUUUCCGCCAGGAACAAAGUUGGCUUUGGGGAAGAGAUAGUGAAGGAGAUCUCGAUUCCUGAAGACGUGCCGAGUGGCUUCCCACAAAACAUUGUUGCCGACAGCCCAACUUCGACCACAUUUCAGCUUAGCUGGCAGCCUCCAGGGCUGUCCGAUCAAAACGGUGUCAUUGUCAAAUAUACCGUGCUAUACAAAGAUAUUAACAGUCCCAGCAACCCUUCCGAACUCAUUGUCAUGCCUCCAGAAACUACUGUGAAAAUCAGUGGUUUAAAAGCAGACACAACGUAUGAUAUCAAAGUGCGCGCAUAUACCAGCAAAGGGGCUGGCCCUUAUAGCCCAAGUGUUCAGUUCAGGACACAGCCACUGGAUCAAGCAGUGUUUGCAAAAAAUUUUCAUGUGAAAGCUGCCAUGAAGACAUCAGUGCUGCUAACCUGGGAGAUUCCAGAAAACUAUAACCCUGCCCAGCCUUUCACAAUUCUCUAUGACAAUGGACAAAGUGUUGAGGUGGACGGGAAAGUCACGCAAAAACUGAUCACCAACCUUCAGCCGGGUACCCAGUACUCCUUCUUGCUGACGAAUCGAGGGAACAGUGCCGGUGGACUCCAGCACCGUGUUUCAACCAUGACUGCACCAGACGUACUGCGCACUAAACCCUACUUCAUAGGGAAAACCAACACUGAUGGGAUGUUAACUGUUGAACUUCCUGCUGUGCAAACAACAGAGAAAGUAAAGGGAUACUAUAUAGUGGUAGUGCCUUUAAAGAAACAACGUGGGAAGUUUAUCAAGCCCUGGGUCAGUCCAGAUGAGAUGAAUCUGGAGGAGCUACUCAAACAGAUUAACAAAACAAGCAGAAGCCUCCGGCUCAGGAGGCAGGCAGAGCCCAAAUCCUACAUUGCUGCCUACUUCAAAGAGCUCCCCACUGAGUUCACUCUUGGAGACCAGAAGAUCUAUGGUGACUUUGAAAACAAGCCACUCCAAAAUGGUCAAGAAUAUAUCUUCUUUGUGUUGGCUGUUCUGGAGAUCUCUGAUAAUACAAUGUACUCUACUAGCCCAUAUUCAGAUCCAGUAGUUUCUGCUGACAUUGAUCCCCAGCCGAUCAUAGAUGAGGAGGAAGGAUUGAUCUGGGUGGUGGGGCCAGUGCUUGCUGUCGUGUUCAUUAUCUGCAUUGUCAUAGCCAUCCUCCUCUACAAGAGCAAACCUGACAGGAAAAGAGCAGAGUCUGACUCCAGAAAAAGCAGCAUUCCUAAUAGUAAAGAAAUCCCCUCCCAUCAUCCCACAGAUCCUGUGGAACUCAGGCGCCUCAAUUUCCAGACCCCAGGCUCAGGUCUCUCCGGUUACCCUGGUAACCUCCAUUCGUCAAGUAUGGCAAGCCACCCCCCUAUUCCCAUCAUGGAACUUGCUGAUCAACUUGAAAGGCUAAAGGCAAACGACAAUCUGAAGUUUUCACAAGAAUAUGAGUCCAUUGAUCCAGGCCAGCAGUUUACAUGGGAGCACUCCAACCUGGAAGUUAACAAACCAAAGAAUAGAUACGCAAAUGUGAUUGCAUAUGACCAUUCCCGGGUACUGCUUUUUGCUAUUGAAGGUAUUCCUGGCAGUGAUUAUGUGAAUUCCAACUACAUUGAUGGCUACAGAAAGCAGAAUGCCUACAUUGCAACACAAGGCCCCCUCCCAGAGACAUUUGGUGACAUUUGGAGAAUGAUUUGGGAGCAACGUAGUGCCAACGUUGUAAUGAUGACUAAGCUGGAAGAAAGAUCAAGGGUUAAGUGUGACCAGUACUGGCCCACAAGAGGAACCGAAACCUAUGGUUUGAUCCAAGUAACCUUACUGGAUACGGUGGAACUGGCAACCUACUGUGUUAGGACAUUUGCACUUUAUAAGAAUGGUUCUAGUGAAAAGAGAGAAGUGCGACAAUUCCAGUUUACAGCCUGGCCAGACCAUGGUGUCCCUGAACAUCCCACUCCAUUCCUAGCCUUUUUACGUCGUGUCAAAGCCUGUAAUCCACCAGAUGCUGGACCAAUGGUUGUACACUGCAGUGCUGGCGUUGGCAGAACUGGGUGCUUCAUUGUAAUAGAUGCCAUGUUGGAGAGGAUAAAACACGAGAAGACUGUAGAUAUUUAUGGCCACGUUACUCUAAUGAGAGCUCAGAGGAAUUACAUGGUUCAGACGGAGGACCAAUAUAUCUUUAUCCAUGAUGCACUGCUGGAAGCGGUGACAUGUGGAACUACAGAAGUGCCAGCCAGAAACCUGUAUGCAUACAUUCAGAAACUGACACAGAUAGAAUCGGGGGAGAAUGUAACUGGAAUGGAACUGGAAUUUAAGCGUUUGGCCAACACUAAAGCUCAUACAUCACGAUUCAUUAGUGCCAAUCUUCCAUGUAACAAAUUCAAGAACCGCCUUGUUAAUAUAAUGCCAUAUGAAUCCACAAGAGUAGGCCUACAGCCAGUCCGAGGGGUAGAAGGCUCGGAUUAUAUAAAUGGCAGUUUUAUUGAUGGAUAUAGACAACAGAAAGCCUACAUUGCCACACAGGGACCCUUAGCAGAGACUACAGAGGACUUCUGGAGGAUGCUUUGGGAGCACAACUCCACAAUUGUUGUCAUGCUUACAAAGCUCAGAGAAAUGGGGAGGGAAAAAUGUCACCAGUACUGGCCUGCAGAAAGAUCUGCCAGGUAUCAGUACUUUGUGGUGGACCCCAUGGCAGAGUACAACAUGCCCCAGUACAUCCUGAGGGAGUUUAAAGUGACUGAUGCCCGGGAUGGACAGUCUCGGACAGUAAGGCAGUUCCAGUUUACUGACUGGCCAGAGCAAGGAGUGCCAAAAUCAGGCGAAGGGUUUAUUGACUUCAUCGGCCAAGUGCAUAAAACAAAAGAACAGUUUGGACAGGAUGGGCCAAUAUCGGUUCAUUGUAGUGCUGGUGUCGGGAGGACUGGUGUUUUUGUUACACUCAGCAUUGUCCUGGAGAGAAUGAGGUAUGAGGGGGUAGUGGAUAUCUUCCAGACUGUCAAAAUGUUAAGGACACAGAGGCCAGCCAUGGUACAGACAGAGGACCAGUACCAGUUUUGCUAUCGAGCCGGAUUGGAAUACCUUGGAAGCUUUGAUCACUAUGCAACGUAAAAGCCCUGUCCACCCUGGAUUUUACAGCAGGCCCUUUAAGAUCCAGAAAGCCCCUUCUGAGCCAUAAAUACAUGCUUGAGAAGGUUCUUAACUUCUAGCAAAAGACUAAUUAAGUGUGGAAUAUAUAUAUAUAUAUAUAUAUAUAUAUAUAUAUAUAUAUAUAUAUAUAUAUAUAUAUAUAUAUAUAUAUAUAUAUAUUCCAGG